AAAAUAAAUGGAGUUGUCAUCUCUGAUUGUAUCAAACAAUAGGAAGCAGAUUGUAGUUCUGUUCAUAGGUUUAGCAUGUUUCCUGAAGAUAGCUCUUACAUCUGCUGCCAAUGAAGAAAGCCAGAUUUACACGGUACAUUUGGGUGAGAGGCAACAUGAUGAUCCUAAACUUGUUACUGAUUCACAUCAUGAUAUUCUCGGAUCGCUUCUUGGAAGCAAAAAAGCUUCUCGUGAGUCUAUAAUUUAUAGUUACAGACAUGGUUUCUCAGGAUUUUCAGCAAAGCUCACAACAUCUCAAGCAAGGGAACUCUCAGAGCAUCCCCAUGUUGUUCACAUAACGAGAAGCAAGAAUAUGAAGCUGAAAACAACAAGGGUUAAUGAUUACUUGGGACUCACUCCAACCGCUCCAACCGGUCUCUUCCAAGAAACCGACAUGGGAAGUGAUGCAAUCAUAGGAAUCCUUGACUCAGGAAUAUGGCCAGACUCAAAGUCGUUUAAUGACGUUGGUCUUGGACCGAUCCCGACACGUUGGAAGGGACAAUGCGUUUCAGGAGAAGCGUUCAACGCAUCUAGUUGCAACAGAAAGUUGAUCGGAGCUACGUACUAUGCAAAGGGUCUCCUCACAAAGUACAAUGGGACUUUCAAUGCCGCAGCGAAAGACGAGGUCCUCUCACCUUUGGACAAAGUCGGCCACGGAACACAUUGUGCAUCGACUGCUGUGGGUUCUUUCGUCCAAGAUGCGAACUUCCUCGGUCUAGCUCAGGGAACCGCGAGAGGCAGUGCUCCACGGGCCCGUAUAGCCUCUUACAAAGUGUGCUGGAACAACGAGGAGUGUUUUACACCGGAUAUUCUAAAAGCAAUCGAUCAUGCCAUACGCGAUGGCGUCGAUGUUCUAUCGCUCUCACUCGGAUCUGAAAUCCCGCUUGAUUUCGAGGUUGAUAGGAGUGAUUUCGCAAUUGCUGCUUUCCAUGCUGUUAUGAAGGGAAUCCCUGUGGUUUGCGCUGGUGGGAACGAUGGUCCACAAUCUCAAACCAUCUCUAACGUUGCUCCGUGGAUCAUAACUGUCGCGGCUAUGACCAUGGAUCGAGAGUUCUUCACGCCCAUCACUCUUGGAAACAAUAUAACCUUACUGGGUCAAGAAAGUCUAUACAUUGGAAAAGAAGUCGGAUUCGCUGAUCUUCUUUACUUCGACGAUUUGAAAAAAGAGGAUUUUCAAGCCGGUAUAGCUAAGGGAAAAAUCUUGUUUUCGUUCCAAACAGUAAAAUUUGCAGACGAUUUUGUGACUUUUGUACAAUCAAAAGGCGCCGUUGGCGUCAUUAUCGCGACACAGCCAACUGAUACUGUCGAACCGUGCACGGCCUCUAUUGCAUGUGCCUACGUAGACUACGAACUUGGGAUGGACAUUUUGUUGUAUCUCCAAACAACCACAUAUCCAAAGGCUAAGAUCAGCCCAACCAAGACAUUCGUUGGUCGACCUUCAGCGUCUAAGGUCUCAAGAUUUUCUUCUAGGGGUCCCAAUUCACUAUCUCCUGCCAUUUUCAAGCCGGAUAUAGCAGCACCAGGUGCCGGUAUACUUGCAGCCGUACCAUCUCCGGCAGGAUAUGAAUUCAUGUCGGGGACAUCAAUGGCUACACCUGUCGUGUCAGGAAUCGUCGCACUUGUUAGGAAAAAACACCCUGACUGGUCUCCUGCUGCGAUCCGAUCCGCUCUUGUGACUACCGCAUUUCAAUCGGACCCAUCGGGAGAGCCUAUUGCGGCGGAGGGUUCCCCACGCAAACUUGCUGAUCCAUUUGACUACGGAGGCGGCCUUGUGAACCCGGGGAAAGUAGCGGACCCGGGACUUGUCUACGACAUGGGCUACAAUGAAUAUGUUCAUUACUUGUGCUCCGCAGGCUACGACGAUAGAUCCAUCUCAAAACUACUUGGAAAAAACUACACUUGCCCUUCUCCAACUCCAUCCAUGCUUGAUGUCAACUUGCCUUCCAUCACAAUCCCAUAUCUCAGUGAAGAGAUCACCAUAACUAGAACCGUGACCAAUGUUGGACCUGUUGGUUCGGUUUACAAAGCUUUGAUCGAACCGCCUCAAGGUAUUAACGUGCAGGUGACUCCUGAGACUCUUGAGUUCGGUUCCAACGCCAAGAAGAUUACAUUUAAGGUGAAAGUCUCCACGACUCAUAGAACGAAUACUGAUUAUCUUUUUGGGAGCUUGACUUGGACUGACAAUGGAGCUCACAAUGUCAGAAUCCCUCUUUCUGUGAGAACCAGAGUUUUGAACUUCAAGAUCUAA